UUUAAUUUGUCUGAAUUUUCUUUCUUUCUUCAUCGAAGUUUUUUUUUUUUUGGUUUGGUUUGCAUGGGAGAUAUGGAUCAACAGAUUGAAAAUGAGGCGGGAAAAGGGUACGCUUUGAGCGGGAAAAUAAUGCUGAGCGCCAUUGUUAUACUCUUCGCCGUCGUCGUUUUCAUGGUGGGCCUCCAUCUCUACGCAAGAUGGUACCUCGUGCGGCUGCGCCGCCGUCAGCUCGAGCGGCGCCGCGGCCGACACCAUGUCGGCCGGGGGGCGCAGAUCCUGAUGUACGUCGACACACGCAACACUACUCCGGCGGACAGGGGACUCGAGCUGCCGGUUCUGAAUUCGUUGCCGGUUUUUAUGUUCUCCGGCGGCCGGAAGGCGGAGGAGCAGCCGCAGGAGUGCGCCGUGUGCAUAUCGGAGUACGAAGGGCAUGAAGUGGUGCGCCUCCUUCCAAAGUGCAACCACAUAUUUCACAUCGACUGUAUUGACAUGUGGUUCCGGUCCCACUCCACCUGCCCGAUUUGCCGGUCGCCGGUCGAAUUUGAGCCGGAGCGGAUUUAUCAGGUGGGGAGGCCGAUGACCGAACCGGUCGGUUUCGUAAACGGGCCGCCGGCGGUGGGAUCGAGUUCCGGUUCUGGAGUCUCCAACACUUGCCGGCACGACGAGGUAGGUGGUGGGGACGCAGGCACGGCGUUGUCGGGUAGCCGGAGGAAGGGGCUGGAUUUGCCGGCGGUGACAAUUGAGGUGCCGCCGAGGCGGAACGAGUCGGAUAGCGAGUUGACUCAGAACUCGCCGGCGAGUCGGUUCUUGUCGUUGAAGAGAAUACUCAGUAUGGGGAGAAAGUCGCCGUCUGGGGUGGGAACCAGCGGUGGGGCCACCGAGUUGGACUUGGAGGGUGGGCUCAGUGAGUCAAAUAUUGGAGGAAGCAACGGCGUACUUUCGAGGUAAACGACACCGGAUCGAGUGUGCGAAAUUUCGUGCAGCGUUUUGGACACGUGGCGUAAGGAGAGAUGGGAUAAGAUUAACCCCCAAAAGAGGGGCAGCUGCUUUGACUAAUGAAUUUCCGUGUACAUAGAUAGGCAAAUAGGGAUGGAAUUUAUCCCGUUUUAUUAUUAUAUUUUGUUUUAAAAUUCUUGAUUUAGAUUUUCCUUUUCUUUUCUUUUCUUUUUCUGAUAUUAUAUUUGGGAUUGUGUAAUUUGCACGCCGAAAUUUGAUUACAAUAUUGGCAAAAGCCAAAAAAAUUACCGGAAAA